AUGCAGAAACUCCCAUCUGAAACUCUCCGACAGUACGCCGAACGAUAUUGGCAACUGUUCAACGAAAUUUUUGGAAUCGACGAAUACUGGGCCGCAAGAACCUUCAAAAAUGGCUUGGAGAUUAACAGCAAGAUCCUGGAUGAACUUGCUAUUCGCCCACCCCAUGGCAUGGGCGAGUUGAUGCGCAUCAUGGAACGGUUUUGCGCUCUUGAAGAAUUUUACGCGGACCGUGCGGCUCAAGGGCUAACGAACUCAACUACAAGCCUCCCAACGGUUACACCUCAGCUGCCAGCACCAGUCGCACCGCAGCAGCCUCAGCCAAAGAAACUUGUCCACAACAUCAAGGAAGGAAAGAAGCGCCAGCCGAAGGAAAUCAUGAGGCAACUGUGGUUCGAAUGGCCAACAGGAAAGCUGGGCACAGACACUGGCCAACAAGAUCAGAACCCACAAAAGAAGUGCUCAUACCACAACGAGCUCGGUCAUUACACAACGGCAUGCGCACCAUACAAAGCACUAUUGGAGCGUCUGGCAGCAUAA